AUGACAAGUGAUAGAUUGAGAUACGUCGACUCGAUAUUAUCUAACAAAGCUCCAAAUGAAGCUCUUGAAAUUUUACGCUUGAGAACAUCUGAGGCAAAGCUAAUUGACAAAGAAUUUUAUAAUGUUAUGAAUGAUUACCAAAAGAUAAGAGAGAAUUAUAAUUCUCAAUUAUCACAGCUUCUUAAAAAAUACGAGAAUAAAGCUGAUCUUAAAAUGGUUAUUAAUGAAAAAUUAGUUAGUGAAAAUGUUUUAAGUGCUUCAGAACUCAAUGAAUAUGAAUAUUUUCCAAAUGUAAGCACCGAUUUAAUGAAUCUAUGGAAAUUAUUCUUGAAUGAAUUGAAAAAUGAGUAUAAAAGCAACGAAAGAUUAAAUCAUUUGAUCAAUGAAGAAUCCUUGAGACCUUUAAGAGUUUUUUCUGAAAGGGAUUCUAAUUGGAAUAAGAGCAGAAAAUUGUAUUCAAGUUUGUCAGCAAUGAAAGAAAAUAAUAACAAUGAAUUUUCUGAUAACUGGAAUUCAAAAGGCCCAUAUAUCUAUGAAUUAUUUGAAACUAUAGAUUUUGACCAUUUAGCAAACAUCAAAUCAUCUAUUAUAAGAUACCAAACAAAUUAUAAUGAUUAUCUAGUAAAUGCAACCAAACAUAGUGAAAAACCAUUGUCAUCUUAUUCGGAUUAUGACCCUUCAAAGGAAAUCGAUAGAUUUGCGUCAGAAGCUUCAAACUUUGAUUUUAAAUUUAUUUCGUCAAACAAUAGUCCUAGUAAACCCAUGAAGAAAAGGAGCACUUUUGGAAAUCUAACUUCUAGGUUGCAUUCGUCAUCAACAUUGAACUAUAAUGAACUAAUGAACAACGAAUUCUCAGAUUCAACAAACAAUAUGUCGUUGAAAAAUAAUAAGAAAGGUGAUAGCAGAUUAAAAUCAACAAUGGGCUCAAUUUUUGGCAGAAAUAAGAAUAAGACAACUAAUCAAAAUUCAUUAAAUAAUGAAAAAGACGUGAGAAUUGAUACUGUGGAAGAAGACUUCAAUAUUAACCAAGCUGUCAGAUCUUCAUCAAGACGUGCAACAACAAAUUCAAUAAAACCAGAAUAUUUUAAAAGGGGCUCUUUUAGUAGCGACAAUAUAGAUAGCGCAGAAGAUCUAAAUAAUAGAUCAAGUUCUAGACCACACAGCCGGAUGAACAGUACUACUACCGAUUUCCGUAAGUCGGCAAGUAAACGUAAUAGUAUAUAUAAUAGCCUAAAAGAAACAGAUGAUAACGCAUCUCCCUUUGCGGACCAACCACCGGUACAGGAUGAAAAUAAUUCACAAUUACAUUCCGAUUCUUCAUCUAAUAGUAACAAAAUUUCUCAUCUCUCCAUGUAUCAACCUCCACUAAAACCACUUCCUAGAACUGUUAAAACGGAGCCAAUAUUACCAAGCUUUGGUAACAUGGCAAUAAAUUCAAACAUUGUUCCUCAACAACAACAACAACUAACUAAUGGAAAAUCUUUAUUUUCAAAUGUAUCAAAUUUUAAUAUGCCUCAUGUUCAGUCGACUAUGACAAGCCCAUUCCAGCAACCACCCCAAGCAGCUGGAGUACACCAACCUGUACCAGACUUAUUUUCUCAAGUAACAGGUGAACUUCAGACUUUAGAUCCUCAAACAACUGGUCCAUUAGCAUCUAUGCAACAAGGGCAAUCUGUUUUUCAACAUUCAUCUGAUAAGACAGUUUAUGGUUUGAGUGCAAGUAUAGCUGAGGUGAUUAAUGCCAAGUUUAGAGAAGGAAUACUAGUCGAGUCAGAAGUUAUUGGUGAAAUUGCUUUCAGUUAUGUACCUAACUAUCAUGCGAAUAGUAUUCCAGAUUACAUUAAUUUAAGAAUUAAGAAUUCCUCGAAUUUUGAUAAAACUAUAUUAAAUCAAGGAUACAUCGAAAAAAUUAACAACGAGGACUAUAAACUAUAUCCAAACUUUAUAGAAUCAAAAACAUUAGGUGGAUUGAAGUAUACGAUCAAACCUGCCGAAGCACCAAUUAUAAUAUUACCUGUUUGGAAUUUUGAAAUACAUCAAGCGAGUGUAGUGUUAACCUUAAAGUUGUCUCCAGACCUAUCACCAAGUGUUCAAAAAUUAGUAUUAGAGGAUGUCACAAUAUUUGUAACAGUAGAUGGUGCAGAAACUGUUUCUGCGUUAUCAAAACCACAGGGGACAUUCAAUAAAGAAAAGAAAAGAAUCACUUGGAGAUUCACAGAGCCAUUAGUUUUACACAGAAAUUCGGAAGAAAGGUUAAUUGCCAGAUUUAUGACUAAUGGGUUAGGUAUAGAAUCAACCAAAGGAAUAUCUGCUAAGUUUACUAUUCGUGAAAAUACUCAUCAAAAUAUUGCAGUCGGCAGCGCUCUAAUAAUUGAGUCAAAAGAACAUGAUGAAAAGAACCCAUUUGGUAGUCCAUGGAAGAGUAUUGAUACUACAAGAACAUUGACCGCAGGAAACUAUAUAGGUUUAUCUAUUUGA